AUGGGGAUGAAAAAGGAUCUUCUGCUCGUGCUGACAAUCGAAUGCGUUGUAUUUGGGGUGGUGCUUGGCUUCGUUGUCCGCCCAUUUGAGCCCAGCGCUCGCACGAUCAGCAUCAUCGGGUUCCCGGGCGAGAUAUUCAUGCAAAUUGUGGAGAUGAUGAUCCUGCCCCUCAUCAUUUCGUCCGUCAUCUCGGCCCUCUCCCAGCUGCGGUGUUCGGACGCGAGACGGAUUGGAUGCGUGACGGUCGUCUACUAUAUGAUCACCACCUUCCUGUCCACGUUUACAGGAAUCAUUCUCGUCUCAUCGAUCCAUCCGGGCGAUCCGGAAUUGGUGAACCAGCUCGGCGAAGGAACCAUGGAUGAAUCACCCCUAUCCACACUCGAUGCAUUCCUCGAUCAGAUCCGCAACAUGUUCCCCGAGAACAUUGUCCAAGCCACUUUCCAACAAGUUCAGACCGAAUAUAUCUUGGAUCGCCCAAAGGUAUUCCGGAACAGUACAUUUGCCCACACUAAUGCCACCACCGGGAAGUACAAGCCCGUGUUGAAGCAUGUUAACGAGAUGAACGUCCUCGGGCUGAUCGUGUUCUGCACCGGGUUCGGCGUCAUUUUGUCGCUUUUGGGGGAACAGGCCCGUUUGAUGAUCGACUUCUUCAUUGUUCUCGACGCCAUCAUUAUGCGCUGGAUAUCGGCGUUGAUGUGGUGCUAUCCAGUCGGAAUUCUUUCGCUAGUAUGCCGAAAUAUAGCGGAUAUCGAUAAUCUAUCCGAGACAGCACAGGCGUUGGCCAUGUACGUAGUUACGGCACUCGCCACAGCCUUUGGCACGGCUUCUAGUGGCGCCACGUUGCCGGUGACGUUUCGCGCGCUCGAGGAGAAUCUCAAGAUUGACCGUCGGGUGACGCGGUUUGUGUUGCCGCUUGGGGCCACGAUUACUAUGGAUGGAACGGCACUGUACGAAGCUGUUGCCGUCAUCUUCCUCGCCCAGCUAAACAAGAUGAAGCUGACCACGCUGAACUUGUUGACGAUUAGUAUCACGACAACAAUGGCCUCAAUCGGGGCCGAUUUGGUCGAGGCAGAUACCGAUGUGUUAAUCCGGCAGAUCCGGGAUGAUAUCCGUGCUCUAAAUACCGUACCCACAAGUCCACUGCGUGCGAUGCUUCAGGCUACCGCCCCGCCAAUUGCCAUACCGUUGCACAAUUUUCAGGACAUUGAGGAACAAAAACCGGUGUGGUCCCGUAACAACAAUGCCUCGUCGAGUAGCCUGAGACCGGCUGUUGGCCCCUCAUAUGAUGAUGAAAGGGAAUCACUGGCCGCUUCACUGGAAUUCACCGUC